AUGGCACCUCCUGCACCUCUCGCUUCUACUCUCGUCAUCCGUGACAAUAUCAACGAAGCAUUUAAGACCUAUGCCAGCUCGAAGCCGACGUUCCAGCCUUUUGUUCUGCUCAGCAUGCUUUCUAGCAUCGCUGGACUCUGCGGGACUCUUGUCACCAGUGGUGAUCCCGCCAUUUUCACUGAUCACAACUUGUCGGAGCCUGUCUUCAUUGUUCGCCAAGAGUACAAUACUCUCAACGACUUGGACAAGUCCGUUACCGAUCCUGUAGGCUUCAACAUCUGCCGGGACUUCUGCAGAGUAUCCAAAUACAUAAUACUGGUGUAUGGAAAUUCAAAAAAUGAGAAGUAA